AUGGCAACACAUCUUCCUAUUGAUUACCAACAGCUAAGCAAUGCCCUUCAGACCUUUUUUCAAGAACACCCAGAGGUGGAUGGCAAUGUUGGAAUAGAAGCCUAUGCACUUCUUCAACGGGCACAACAUGGCCUUGCUCAGUAUGCAACGGACUUACAGGAGGUAGAAAGGGAGGCUGGAAAUGCGAGGGAAAUGUUUGAACGAGAUCUAGCCGCUGCCAGAGGCCAUCGAGUUGCUGUUGAAGUGGUUGCCCCUGAUGAAGAACCAAUCGGAGAAGAUAAUGCCCCACCGGUACCUCCAGUUCCACCUGUCCCAGUGGUUACCCAACGGUCGGAAAAACUCCCAAACCCUGAAGUAUUUAGGGGAGAUCGCGAUCGAGAAAGACUACACCUAUUCAAGCAACAGAUGAGGAUCAAGCUAUUGGGAAAUGCCGACCGCUUUCCCACACUACAGUCUAAGUUAUCCUAUGCAUUCAGCCGAUUGGAGGGUGUUGCCGCCAAUCAGUUCUUACAAUAUGUCGGAGAAGAAGGUAUUGCUUUGCCUUCCAUGUUACGGUUUUAUGAAAUCUUGGAUACUGCUUUCGGGGACCCCGAUCGAAUGCGUACGGCUAGGAGGAAUCUUAGAAACAUCCGUCAACGAAACCGAACCUUUGCUGAUUACUUCGCCGAAUUUCAACGGUAUGCUGCCGAGUCAGGGAUGGAUGAAGUCUCUAGGAUUGAGGCUUUGAUGGAAGGCAUUAAUGCAGAACUCGAUGAAUCAAUGAUACACCAUGAAACUCCUGCGACGGUAGAUGCAUGUGCGAUCCUCUUGCAACGGUUAGAUAAUCGACGACGAGCGGCAGAAGCUAAACGAGGAAAUAAAAAGCCUUGGAAUGCUACUGCUGCUCCGACCCCUUGCCCCCCCCCGGGAAAUCCUGCCCCUAUUCCUCGUGCUGCCGCCCCAGCUGUCAACGCACCUGCCCCCGAGAACCAUCCCUCGUUCCGCCCGGGAGGUGAUGUACCGAUGGAUCUCUCCGGGGGACGUCGUCGCCCCACCCCUACCGAAAGAAAUGCCCGCUUAGCUGAGGGCCGAUGUUUCUAUUGCGGAGGGGUCGGCCACAUAGUUAGAGAUUGCCCCCAAGCAAGGGCAACUGGAAAUCAACCAAAAAGACCGGUGAUGAGAGGAGCAGCAUUGAGGAUAGAGGAAAAUGAUGGAAGUGAUAACGAGUCGGCAAAAGAUUUGUCCCUGCACUAA